CGUUUAGCAUCGAUAAUCACCUUUAGGGUCGUAUUUCAUCAUUGAGAGUUUGGGUGAAGUACGUGGCCGUUGCUUUGUAUAGAAGAAUCCAGUGCCUGCCGAAGACAUAAGACGGACAAUGAGAACUCUGGCUUUCGCUUUUUUGGCCAUUCUAAAUGUUAAGAAGGAUGAAUCAGAUCAUAACCUAGUCAAAUGUGUCAACAAAGAUUUUUUUUUUGUUUUCUGACACAUAGCAGUGGGACAGUCACACAUCCUUUGUCAUGUCCGUCAUUGAGCAAGUCAUCUUUGUAGGUACAGGGUGCAGCAGCAACACGCCUGCACUGAAAUGUUUACUUGAGAACCCUCCUACAUGUGAAGUUUGCCUCUUAUCUUUGACAGAGGAAGGAUGGAAAAACAGGCGGAAAAACCCCUCGGUACUCAUAAGAGUUAGAGAUCAUCGAGAUCCCAAUGGCAGACUCCGGAACAUUUUGGUUGAUUGUGGAAAGACUUUCUACCAGUCAGCCUUAGAUAUAUUCCCAAGGUACGGCAUCCGGGAGAUCGAUGCAUUAAUUCUAUCGCACGGACACGCAGACGCAGUAUUAGGUUUGGAUGACCUUCGGGCCUGGACGUCAGGUGGCACUCUACAAGAAUCUGUUCCAGUUUACUUGAACGAAGAGACAUUUGCAGUGGUAUCAAGAGCAUUCCCAUAUCUUGUUAGCAAAGCUAAUGCUACAGGUGGUGGUGAGGUUGCAUCAUUUCAGUUUACUGUGAUCAAAGGAAACGAACAGUUCGAAGUCGCUGGGCUAGAUAUCACACCUCUUCCAGUGCAUCAUGGAAAAUUUAUGUCCACAGGAGAGCCUUACUGGUGCUUUGGUUAUCGAUUUGGCAAGCAAUUAUCAUGCAUCACUGAUGCCAAUUAUAUUCCGCCGGAAACGCUUGAAAAGAUGAAAAAUAGCGAGAUACUGAUUGUGGAUUGUCUUAGAGAGGCGCCAUACAUGUCCCACUUUGGCUUGCACCAGGCUAUUGAUGUUGUUAAGGACUUGAAGGCUCGCCACAAUUAUCUGAUUGGAAUGGCUCACAAUUUAGAACAUGAAGAUUUAUCCCAGCGAUUGUCGGUGUUUGCAAAAGAUCUCGAUUUACAUAUCAGCCCAGCCUACGAUACUUUAAAGGUAGACGUCUUGGCUGACGGAUAUGUCAGAGAGUCCUCUUGGCGAGAGUAAAGUUGUUGCGCAAUGCAAUUUUUAGCUCGGCAUAUAGAACGUUCGCUACUAUUGUUAUCCAUUAGACUAAGGUAACCACAGCACUGGUUUUUUUCCAGUGCUGUCAAUUAGAUUCGGUUGCAAUUGAAAAAGAGAAAAAUUAAAAACCGAAAGGUCAUAUUACAUACUCCUUUU